UGUUCCUGUGGGAGUGAAAACCCUCCAGCAGCUCAGUUCUCCUGUGGUCAGGUUGCUGCAACAUGUUGCUCUCUGUGCUGCUGCUGCUGCUGCUGCUCAGCGAUGCUCAAUCCACUCAUUUUCGUGGUACUAUGGUGACUUACUAUCCAAUGGAAACCAACUCAGAUGGAUCCAUCUCUGUGAUCCUUCGCUUUAAGUUUAACCACCAGGCCUGCAGUGAUGGUACUUAUGCUUGUACUGGAAACUGUGGUAAUGAAAGUACGAUUCUUGUAAAUACCAAGAUUGAGCAAGUCACUGGUUCUUGGUGUCAGAGUGAAAAAAUCACAACUCGGCGGCUUCCCAACAACUCUCCAUUGCAGCUUGUGUUGUCCAGCACCAAUUGGUUUACUAAUUUAAAUGGGAUUGUAGACUGGAGAGCAGUGGCCGACGUUGAGCUGAGGCAGCGAUCCGACACCAACAAACCAAACUCAUCACCACAAACCACCGUGAUUCCCGCACUGAGGGUUCCAUCAAACUGUGCAGUAAAUAUUCCCCUGUUGGCCUUUGACCCCGACGGAGACCAGGUUCAGUGCAGAUAUUCUAGCCUUUCUUUAGCAGAAUGUGCGUCGCCCUGCACACCUCCACCUGUCCUCAGCCUCACUUCUACCUGCAUCCUGUCAUUCAAGGCAACGUCCAGCAGUAAUGAAGGCUGGUACGUCGUCCAGAUGGUGAUGGAGGAUUUUCCCCGACAAUCCAUCACUCUGACUCAGUACAACGGGUCACAGGUCGUAAAAACUACCAGCGAUGCCAUCAGCAACAUACCGAUCCAGUUCCCCUUUCAAGUGGAUCCCGCAGUAUCUUCCUGCACAGAAGGAUAUUAUCGGCCGAGAUUUGUGAGUCCAACUCCAGAACACGGAGCUCAGCUUCCCAUUUUUUCCAAUCAGUCCGUGGGGAUAAGCGUACAAGCAGAGGCGACUAAUUCUGUGAUCACUGAGCUGCUGUUCAGCGGGCCGAACAACGUGGUCAAGACUUCAUCAGGAUCAGGAAGUUUCACUCUGACAUGGAAACCAUCUGCAAGCGAUGAAGGACAGAGCCACCCCAUCUGCUUUGUUGUCCAGGCAAAUGUCAGCACUGCUGUUUAUCAGUCUGCACUUCGAUGUGUUGUUGUGAAUGUUACAAAAUCACCGAUUUAUAUUCAUGUUCUAAGGAUGAAGAUCUCUACCACGCUCUCAAUAAAGGACAAUAAAGAUGCCAUCCAAAAUUCAAUUAAAGAAGAACUGAAAACGAACCGCGGCUUUCCGCCAUUCAUAACUGUGCGCCUGCUGAGCGACGGGCCAGUGGUAACAGCACAGUAGGCGCCCCCUGGUGGCCAGCUUUGAGAAUGAGCCAUUUUUAUGGAAACGCGCUGGACACGGAGCCACUUUAUCUGGACAUGAUGUCACAACCUGUUAUUGACGUUAAGCUUUAACUUCAGCGGCUUCAAACAAUACAUUUACAGUUUAAUAUAUUUUAACUGUAAUCUAUGAGAAUCGUACAUCUUUUCAUCGACUUUCACAAUCUGCUGUUGAUUUUUUCCCCUCAAAUGUUCUCACAUUUUAAAGUCAUUUCUUAAUGUCAGGUUCUUGGGUCUUUGUAAAGAAACAUUUUAUGUCGUUUAUUGUGUUUAAAGGUAGAAAGUGCUUCUCAUUUUUUAAUACCUGUAGGAAAUAUAAUUAGGCUUUUUGCUGAACUUGUUUUUAGAAAUGUUUACAUGUGUUUUCAUUUUGUACAAAGGAGUGUGAGAACCAUGUUAAUAAAAACAAUAAAGCAAAAUUAUGACAUAAAAUUACGAGGAUAAAAAAAGCAAAUGUAUGACAAAGUUAUAGUGUUGCG